UUAUUCUUAUUAUUCACAAAUAUGAUUUUUACAUUGUAAAAUAAAUGGUACUAUUGUGCUAAACUUUAUGCAACCCACAGCCAUACGGUACAUUAAUUGGGAAAAUGUCUGGAUAGUUUUGUAAGAUUAAACAAUGUUUUAAUAGGCCACAAUAUUUGCCAUUAUUAUAUGUAUUUAUUUAUUCACUGCCCCACCCCUUUUUUAUAUGAAAAGUAUUGAUGUCAAAAAACUUUUAAAGGCCUAGAUUUUGCAAGUUUUAAUUACAGGCUUAUAGACAGUGCUUUGUGUGGGUGAGUAUCUUGGCAUUUUUGUACGUUGAAAACGUGUUUUUUGUCAUAAUUCUGUGUUUCUGUCUGUUUUCCCCUGUUGGGCCGCCAGAUGGCGGCACUUCUGUUUUGUGUCCUGCUCGUUCCCCUGUUGGUUAAUUGUAUUAUUGCUUUCAAUUAUUUUAUUAUUGUCUCGUUAUUUAAUCAUCAUCCCCACCUGCCUCUCGUUUUCCCUUCCCUCUGGUUUGAUUGUUCUUUGAGUUCACUUGUGUCUUGUUACCCCUGUCUAUUUAAGUUCUUUGUCCCCUUGACUCGGGUGCUGGUUCCUUGUGUUUGUUUCCGACUUGUGCUUGUUCCGAACCUGGAUGUAUCUUCUUGUUUUUCUUUUAUGUGUUUGCCUGUGUGUUCCACAUGCCUUUACCCUUCCUGCCUCUGUUCUGUUCUGUGUUUUUUUGUUCUUAAGAAUUUUUUGAGUUUGUUGUUUUGUCCUUCAUGGCCUUAUCUGUUCCCUGUUUGUGUUCGCCUUUUUUUGUUGUAGUAAAGUCCUUAUUUGUAUCUAUCCUUUUGAGUUUCGUGUUUUUCACUCUGCACCUGGGUCCUAACCCCCCUGAACCUUGACAUUUUUGUUGAGAUUUAUGUUCUGUGUUUUCUAUGAGUAACUGAUAAUAAUACGUAACGUAUGUACCAUAAUGAAAUAUGGAGAGAGACAUGUAUACAUAUGUAUACGCGUACAGACAGUUGAGGCCAAAAGCUUACCUAGGCUAAAGAUAUUAAAACUAAGUCUUUAUAACUCUGCACAUUUCAUGUUGCCAAACUAAACGUUUGGCAAGUCAAUUAAGGCAUCUGCUUUGUUCACAUCAGAGGUAAUUUUAAAACAAUUAGAGUCCUAUUUAUUUCAGCUUUAAUUCACUAUCAGAAUUCCAGUGGGUCAAAAGUUUACAUACACCUAGUUUAGUAUGUCUUUAAACAGGCUGGAAGAUCACGGGGGGGUCAUCGAGCAGGUCGUCCUGGAGCAGUUCGUGGAGGGGCUGCCGGACGGGACGGCCAACUGGGUUCGGUGCCAUCGACCAACCAAUUUAGAUGGGGCAGUCACGCUGGUGGAGGACCACCUGGCGCUUUACCCUGGCUCCCAGCAGCAAGAGCGGCCGGAACCGGCUCCCCGGAGGAGACCCCCUCUUCGUGCUGGCCCUUCUCCUCUUCCCCGUGCCUCGACCCCUCCCCUCCCUCGUCCUAAUUUCUCCUCUGCUUAUUUUCCCUCUACAGACCCAGGCUCAGUGGCAGGGGGCUCCGCCUCACUGAGGGCUCCUCAGGCGCUCGGACCGGGGUGUUGGCGGUGCGGGCAGCCGGGUCAUCUGCACCGCGACUGUCUGAUCAUGGAAGUGGGGCAGCUGGUCCGGGUGGUCGGACCGCCCACUUCCGCUCCCGAUCCAGAGGGAGCGUACUGCAUCCCGACCGAUGCCUCGGACAGAGGGCUGGGGGCCGUUUUGACCCAGCAGGUGGAUGGAGUCGAUUGCCCGGUGCUGUACAUCAGCCGGAAAUGAUCACAGCGGGAGGCGAGGUACAGCACAAUUGAAAAGGAGUGCCUCGGUCACCCAUUCG